AUGGAUAGUGGUCACGAUUCAAUGGAUCACUCCGCUGCAGGUGGUGAGCCAAGUGGGAGUAGAGAUAGUAACGAAAACGGUGGUGGUGGUGAUGGUGGUGGUGGUGGUGGACAGCAGAACCACACACUUUCUUCCUCACAACAGCCUCGCCAGGACUCCAUGUCCUUCUACUCAAACUACUACAUACAACCAAGACUCUCCACAGACGGGGCUAUAAAUAACUUUCUCACUUUCCCACCAUCAACAGAUAACCAAACAACAUCAACGUCAAGAACAGCUACAAACAACCCUGCAGCCAGUUUUGGGAACAGGUACAGUGUGUCGCAGACAGGGCUGCCAGCACCAGCUCCAGAGUUUAGUCAGUUUGGUAGAGGGUUCUCCAUAAUAAACUCGUUCCCUCAACAACCCCAGCAACAACCUGCCCAGCAACAGGUGAAACUCGCUGCUAACCAGGAAGUACCUGUGUUCAAAGUCAAGUAUGCCAAAAAUGCACACCAGUUCCCAAGUAUAUCCUUCCCACAGCAGGACAACAAGAGAACGUCCCUCUCGCAGGAACAACCAGAUAUGGACCUCUUCGCGGGGGCUAACGGUGGUAGAAGAGACUCAGCGUUCCUCAACUACAGGAACUCAACGGCUUCACAGAAUCACCCGGGGGACAGCAGGCAGAACUCCGUGUUCGACUCGAUAUUUCUCCCUGCAAAGGGCACCGCACAGGACGAUGCCACGGGGCAGGGCAGAAGGAGGAAUUCGGUUAGGGACCCACACCUCGAGGAAACUAAGAAACAAUUGCAGCCAGUGCCACCGUACUCUGUCCCACAGGUCCAUUCGCAACUGUUUGGGAACGAGUACGCCCAGGGGAUCUCGGCUGUUGGUGAGGCGGUGCAGGAACAACCGUUUAAGAAACAGAAGCCGGCCCAGAAGAAGAACUCUGUGGGGAAGAAACCUCGUGGUAGAAGGAAAAAAACGACAGCGAACAGAACAGGCGACCCUAACCUCAAGAAGGAACAGUCAUCCACUACGAUGACGGCCGCCGCAGCUGCUGCGGCAGUGGAAGGUGGACCCGAUGACGCCGCCUUACUGGGGUCGACCACCGUAGACCAGCUCAUGUUAGUCAUCCAGGCGAGACAAAAGGGAGUCACGGAACAGAUCAAGACGAAACCUAAUGGAGAACUCAUUCUCGAAGAAAACCCAAAUAUCAUACCGGACAAAUCACAACUAGUGGGCGGCGUCGAAAAACCACAGAACGAUAACCAUUCACAUUCACUACUACCGGUAUCCCUGGCCAACUCGGGAACAACAGACGGCGGACUCAGCCCGAUCUCCCUCGACAACGAAAGCAUGGCGAGUCCCAUGUCAUCACAAAGCCCGAAUGAGUCCUUCCCAGCCCAGACGCCACAGCAACAACAGAAGAAACACGAGUGCCCUUACUGCCACCACAAGUUCGCACAGACUACGCACUUGGAGGUCCACGUGAGGUCGCACCUCGGAUACAAACCCUUCGAGUGUCAGUUCUGCGGGAAACGGUUCACGCAGGGGGGGAACCUUCGCACACACCAGCGACUGCAUACGGGCGAGAAACCUUACGCGUGCCAACACUGCUCCAAGCGGUUUUCCAGAAAGGGCAACCUCGCAGCACACCAACUGACACACAGGGAGGUCAAACCGUUCCUUUGCAAAUUGGACAACUGCGGGAAGACGUUCGCCCAGUUGGGGAACAUGAAGAACCACCAGAAUAGGUUCCACUCACAGACCGUGCUAGAACUGUCCAACAAACUCGCUCACUGGAACCCACAGACGGACUCCAUCCCCAAAAAGGACAGGGAACUGCUCCAGUACUUCGCGUCCAUCUACAAAAACUCAAACAAGGGCAUCAAGGGCAGAGGAAAGGGCAGCACGAAGAUAAAACCAUCCGUGUCCCCACAGGAACACCAGGACUUAGUCCUCAUGAGCCCCGCGCUCCAGGAAUCCCUGCAGCAGCACACAUCGUCCCUGAACACAAACUACACAACCAUCCCGCAGGACUUGGGCCCGAAUGAAACGGAUAAACAAGAAAAUUACAACGCAACUCGCAACAACAAGGGGGCCACCUCCACCAACAGGGCAUCAUCGCGCAAGAAAAAUAACAAGAUGCCAAUUAAUCCCGACGGUAACGACCCGACCAACAGAACCACCGCGGGCAACGAGAACGUCGCGGAUCAUGGCGAAGACGGUCCCUCGACAGGGUUUGAGUUUGUCGAUGAUCAGGGCAUGAUGAACCCAAACGUUCUACAGGACCCGUUGGUCCAAAACCAAUUCAAUUUCAGUUCAGGACCCAACACUACCGCUACAAACGCCACAAAUGGCACACCAGUAGGACCCAUCAACUUCAAGCACAUCAACUACAAAAGUUAA